AUGCACUCCACGCUCUUCACUCUAGCUCUCUUCUGGGCAGUUGUCUGCGCCAUCCCUUUCCGGCGGCGCCUGCUGUCGAGGGCCGACGAGAGCUCCGAGAUCCCCCGGCUGGUCAUCUACUACCAGACGACGCACGACUCCUCCGGGCGCCCCAUCUCCGUGCUCCCGCUCAUCACCGAGCAGCAAAUCGCGCUGACCCAUCUGAUCGUCGCCGCGUUCCACGUCCACGCGAAUGGCACGAUCCACCUUAACGACUACCCGCCGGAGCAGCCCCUGUUCGACACGCUUUGGAACGAGACCCGCAUCCUGCAAGCCGCCGGCGUCAAAGUCCUCGGCAUGGUCGGCGGCGCCGCACCAGGCUCCUUCACAGCGGCUACGCUCGACGCCGAUGCCGACGCCAUCACCACCGCCACCACCACGCCCGGGAACCGCACCAGCACCGCAACCUCCCCCACCGCCGCGUUCGAAGCCGCCUACGCGCUCCUCCACAACGCCAUCACGACCCACAAGCUCGACGGGAUCGACCUCGACGUGGAGCAGGCGAUGUCGCAGGCGGGCAUCACGCGGCUAGUGCGGCGGCUGCGGGCGGACUUUGGGGCGGAGUUCGUGAUCACGCUGGCGCCGGUGGCCAGCGCGCUGCAGGGGCGCGGGGCCCCCGGGCGCAACCUGAGCGGGUUCAGCUACGCGGCGCUGGAGCGAGAGGCGGGGGACGCGAUCGCGUUCUACAACACGCAGUUCUACAGCUCGUUCGGCGACCUGGCGGCGCCGGCCGACUUCGAGCGCAUCGUGGCCGCGGGCUGGGACCCGCGGCGCGUCGUGCUGGGCCAGCUGACCAGUCCGGUGCACGGCACAGGGUUCGUGCCGCACGCGAGGCUGGCGGAGGUGGUCGCUGGGCUGAGGAAGAGGUAUGGCGAGAUUGGGGGCAUCAUGGGCUGGGAGUACUUCAAUGGCGUGCCGGGCGGGGCGAGGGAGCCGUGGAGAUGGGCGCAGGCCAUGACGGCGAUUCUGAGGCCUGGCGGCGCGCUGAAGUUGAGGAUCACGAGGGAGAUGGCGGAGGGGCUGAACCGGACGUGGGUGAGCAGCGCCAUGGCGGCGGCAGCGGCGGUGGGUGGUGGUGGUGAUCGGAGGGUUCGACUGACGCCGAAUGUGGACUACAUGGCCAUGGUCAAUGCGUGA